AUGGAGAAUGGUCAGAACAUCACCAGUGAAUGUGAAAGCAGGUCUGUGCUCUCCACAGUCCUGGUUGGGCUGGUGAUGGGCAUGAUUACACUAAUAACCAUCUUCGGCAAUGUGUUGGUGUGCUUAGUGGUGGGGUUGAACCGUAAACUCCAGAGCCACACUAACUCUUUAAUUGUGUCCCUGGCAGCAACUGACUUACUGCUGGGUUUAUUGGUCAUGCCUUUCUCGACAACCUUGCAACUUCUUAAUUCAGAGUGGCCUUUUGGGCCCACUUUCUGUAAUAUCUACACCAGCAUGGACGUCAUGUUGUCCACGGCUUCCAUCCUCAAUCUGUUUGCGAUCAGCCUCGAGCGUUACCUCGCAGUCACUGCCCCUCUGAGGUACAACAUAGUCAUUACUCCAAAUAGGGUAAUCGUCUCACUCGUCUUCAUUUGGUGCAUCUCCAUCAUGUUUUCCUUUUUGCCCAUCAACCUGGGAUGGAAUAGCAAAGACGCGUUAACGCAAAGCUUGAAUGAGACCAAUCAGUGCCACUUGGAGAUGAACACAUCGUAUGCCAUUGUGGAUGCUUUCAUCACCUUUUAUAUCCCCUUAGCCAUCAUGUGCCUAACGUAUUACAAAAUAUUCAAAAUUGCAAGAGAGCAAGCAAAAAGAAUCAGCUCUGCCACCAGAAGUACAUUGCCAGGUUUGAAGGAGCAUAAAGCAACGGUAACUCUAGCAACCGUGAUGGGAGUCUUCAUUAUUUGCUGGUUCCCUUAUUUUACAGUGUUUCUCCAUGCAGGGAUUUCAGGGAUUCAAUCCGACAAGACCGUCUUUGCUGUGGUGCUAUGGUUGGGUUAUGUCAACUCGGCUCUGAACCCUAUAGUUUAUGCGGCCCUCAAUCGGGAUUUCCGCAUGGCAUACCAGAAGCUACUGUUCUGCAGGAAGAGGAAUGCAUGCAACAGGGGCUCACUCAUCAACUAUCAGGCCGGUCGAUCCAGGAAUGAGCAGUGUCACCAGCUGGUCCGAAUCUUGGAUGAUAAUGAGCCAAGUUCAGACAAUACUAUCAACAAAGAUACUUGUCUCUGCACUGAAGACUCUGAAAGGUCGCUAGAUGAAAUUUAACAGGCUGGACAGGUGGUGUGAGAGGGACAAACUGAUGCAUCCCAAUAGAAUUAUGACUCCAGCCAACUAAUUACAGUACUGCAGCAAAUGAUGGCCAAGUUUGAAUCUCAG